GGCGGCGGCCGAGCCUGGGAUGGCGGGAGCGCGCCAGCUGCACAACAUCUGCGGAGCCGGAAAGAACUUCCAGGGCGUCCCAGCUCGGGCAGGACGGGGGCUGAUUCAACCCAGAAAUUCAAGAUUUUUAAUUACCUGUGGAUUCUUAAGAGAAGGUGGAAAAGGAACCACGGUCCUACAAGACAUAGAAUUUCACCCUCCAUCUGUCAGUGAACCAAACUGUCUGAGUAAUACAGAUAGCACACAAUCAAGAACUUAAGUCCUGUUCUUUGAAGAUACCAUGUGAACCUGUCGUGGGAUUAUUCUAUUUCUAUAGAAUGCUGUUUAGACCUCCUGCUGCCACAAAUACAUCAGAAUGUCUCAGACCCAUGCAACAAUCUUGUCAGAUUCUCCUGCGAUUAACAACUAUAAAAGAGAUGUCUCACCUGCACGAAGCUUACCUGCAUGGUCGGGCAAGUUGCUAGAUGCAGUGGAGAAGACUUCUGAAGGUGUUAGUUCACAAAAGAAAGAAAGAUUAUGUGCUCAGCAUCAAGAGAAAGGGAUCAACACCCAGGAGCCUGAAAACAAAGAAACUUUCAAUGGUCCUUCCAGUCUUCAGGAUUCCUUUCACUCCCAUUUUAGUUUCAUCCAGCUCUCGCUAAAUUCAGCCUCUGAAGCUGCUGCAGGUGAAUCAGGAAGUAGGGAAUCUAAAGAAAUUGUGCAGUUAGGUGGAAUAGAGAAAACAGAAAAUAUUAAUUUUCAUCUAUCUGGAGAAGUCCAAAGAAUUUCACGAACAGAAUUGUGGGCGUCAUGUAACUCCUUGUGCGAUGAAGUUGGGACCUGUCCCUCGGAAGCUGCAGAAGAUGACAUUUUGCAGGUCUGUGGGACCCUCUCACCUUUCCAUGCAAAUCAUGCAUUCUCUUCUUCCACGGACUCUUUAGACGCAACAUCUGCUGAUUCUUCAGUGACUUCAGGCUAUGAGAGUUGUGGCGUUGCUAGUGACCACAGUUGGGAUUUUCUGAUGAAGGAAUAUGAACCAGUACUACAGGAAUGUUUGUUGGGCAAUCGUCGUUUAGUAAAGAUAAAAUCCUUGAUGAGAAAACUUCAGAAGCUUCAGGAGAAAGCAGUAGCUGAGGAGGACUAUGAGAAAGCUGAGAAAUUUAGAAGAAGACUUGAGGAGCUGCAUAAAGAGAAAAGUUUGUUGAAUUUUCAGCUUCCUUCACAGCAUCCUUCCAUUAGCAGCUUUUUGGAGAAAUUCAGAGUCUACUCUCAAAUGACAUUGUAUGAUGGGGCUCAUAGGGAAAGGAAUCUUCUCCUUGAAAAAAGUGAUCAGAAGAUAUCAAACCUUCCUUACCAUGAAAAGAUACAGAUUCCAGAUACAAAACGGGACCAGCUGCUUGAGGAAAAGAAGUGGAUACAGAAAGAAAUUGAAGUCGUUAGAGCAAAGCUGGCUGUUCUGGAAGCUAAAGAUCAACAGUUAAGGAUAGAAAUUCAAGAACAAGACCGCCAUAUUCAAGAGCAAGAUAAUGAACUGUCUGCUUUGUUCAGCUGGGUGUCACUCAAAGAACUGCAGACAACUGGCAAAGCCUUGGCUGAUAUUUUGGUAGCCUCUGAUAAAAUUCCACACAGGUUGGAUUUUCCAGACUCUGUCAAAAGGCUUCAAGAAAAAAUACAGACCCUUAAUAUAUCUAUGACAGAAAUGGCUGCUGAAGUAUGUACUAAUCAGACGCUCUGCAGUACUUUAAGGAAGAAAGAGAGACACAUUGAGAUUCAACUUUCAGCUCUUCUCAAAACAAAAAUGCUUGCUGCAUCAGGAGGUAAUUUCUGUACCGCUAAAGAUCUUGCAGAAGAAAUUCAAUCGCUAACAGCUGAAAGAGACCGCCUGAAAGGGCUGCUCAAUGAAUGGUCAACUCUGAAUGCCAAAAGUAUCCAAAAGUUAGAGAGAACAAAAGAACGUUACAAGAAACUGAAGGAAGAAAUGGAGCAAGAGGAGUUUGUAUUUGAGAAAAAAUUGAAAGAAAAUACCGUCAACUAUAUGGAAGUGCUAGAAGAAAAACUGCAAAGCUGUGGAAGAAACCAUCUUUUAGAAAGAGUAUGCGAAGUUGACUUAGAGGCCUGUCAGCUUUUGAUCCACGAGUUUCUGCUCAACAAAAAUGGCUCUUAUGUUUCGGAGGGAAAAGAGAGCCAGAUUGAGGAAAUAGAGGACAUGGAAGAUGCCCUUUUAACCUCAAAGUGGGAACAGUCAAAUUGCUUUUCAGUUAAUAGUUUCAAGCAAAAAUCUUUUCAACAUCCCCUUAUUGGAAAGAAACACCAAAGUGCGCCCUGCAGACUGAAAGAGGAAUUCGAUAUGCUUUCUACAGAAUUCAAAGAAAAAUGUGAAAGAAUAAGCAAGAAGCUAGUAUUCUUGGAAGAGCAACUUCAGCUAGCAGCCUGUAGUUACGAUGAAGACCUUGUUCAGUUUCUACAAAGAGAGAUCCAGAUGGUGAAGGAAACUCUCCAGGCCAUGCUGGUGCAGCUUCAGCCAACUAAGGAGGCAGGAGAAGAUGUUGCUGCAAAUUUCCUUGGUGACAGCUGGCGUCUGGGAAAGGAAAGCUUAAAGGAGUAGCAAACAGGAAGACGGAAGGAAGAUCUUUAAUUCACGAGGCUUCCUUGCAGGAGUGGAAUGGCAUCGUAUCAGACUUCGAGGAUUUUCACUUUCUCUGCAAAAGUAAUGACAGCCAUUAUUAUGGAGCAAGGAAGGUGGGAAUAGAAACUGGAAGUCUUCCCUGAGAAAUAGUGGUGCUUGCACAAUUCAGCUGCCAGGUUCUAGAAACAGUUUUCAACAGCAGAGCCCAUCCAUCCUUUCCUAAAAGUAGUAAUUCUAAAUGAUGCCUUACAGAGAUUUGAGUAAUGACAACAUGUUUACAAGCCCCUUGGCUUAGUUCUUCCUGCACCUGAAAUGCAGCCAGGAAACCCAUACAUUCAGAAGUCACAGGAGCAAGAAACUUUAAGAACAAAAGCCCAAGGAUGUUACAAGCACUGGCAUAAUUCUGACAUCUGGAUAAGAUUGCCGGCCAGGAGAGUAACAUUUUUAUGGACAUGAAUGUGUUUCAAAGUGGUGGGUAUUUCAGAAUUAGAAACCAAGACAAGCUAUGAAAAGGGCAAUGGCAAUGAAUGCAUGAAAUCAGAUAAAUGUCCAGAUAAAUGUUACACCCCACAAAAAAGCAUCCAUGAGAAACAGUUUGUGUUAGCUUAAAGUGUUGGCGACACCUGCCUAGUUAUUGAUUGAGAUGCCACUCAAGACCAUUGUAGUUUGAAAGGGAGGAUCAUAAUACUAGUUUUUCCAGAACACAAUCACAUUGUUUUUGAAAAUCCAAAGAAAACAUGACUUUCUAGGGGAACAAAGGCACAGGAUAACAGAAAAUCGAUGUUUCCCCCACAAAUAAGGGUGGGGUGAAUGCAUUCUGUUGCAUCUUUUCCUCCAAAAUAUAUUUAAGAGAAAAAGAGACAAAAAAGCAAAGAAGAAACCCCACUAACUUGAAGCUGAAACUAAGAAACAAAUUUUGCUAAAUGAAAUGAGGACUGUACAUAUCCAUUGGCACUCUGUAUAGCAGUGAUAAUUAGUAUCAAAGGAUCACAUAAUUGCUUUUCAAUUAUUUUCAUUUAGUCUUGAAAAUUUGAGAGCAAAUGCUUGUUAAUUCUAGAGGCAAAAUUAUUUAAAGAAUUAAUUAAUGAUUUUAAGAACUUGAAAUUCUCAAUGAUGCUUAGUCUGAUUAAAAUAUACACAAUUGUUUCAUUAAUUAAAUGUACAUUUUAUAUAUAAGCAUAUUCAUUAGUGAUACUUUAUUCAGGAUGUGUACAAAUAAUUUUUAAAAAUUGAUCAUAUAUAGCUUAUUGUAUGUGAAACUUUGAGAGUUUUUAACCACAGCUAUCCAACUGUAUGUCAGGAUUCCACUGUUGCCACUGUAUUUUAUUCAUAUGCACUUUAUUUGAUGUACUUUGGAAU